AUGGCUUCCACGGAAGCGCCACCUCGCGCCCAUGACAGGAUUGGACGCAGGCGACCUUUCGCAGCCUGGAUGCGGCGAUUAGCAAAUCUCAAGACACCUCACGUCGAUUCGCACGAUAACAAUGGCAGUACACGCCGCUCGAAUAUCGUGGCUUCUAGCAAAUCGAAGAAGGGAAACAUUGCAAAGAAUAAUCCGUACCCUCUGUCGCGCACCGAGCCUCAGCACAACGGCCGUCUCUCUUUCUCUGCGCCUCUAUCAUCCCACCGUUCGCGACACAGCUCCAUGUCUCAGAGCAAGCACUCCGUAUCCAUUUUGUAUGACAGCCAGUCAGGAGGAAACAAGUCCAGAGCCCCGACGCUGGCCACGCAGGCCGAGACCGCACUCUCCGAAGUCGCCCCCUCGGGCGCAGGAACAAGUGCGACAGCACCACGAACAGAGGGUGGACGGGAUAGCACCUUCUCUUCGCCAGCACCGUCUGUUCGAAGCAUUGCGACCACACUUACAACCGUCCAAUCGAUAGCGGCAACGGCACCCGCGCAAAACCACACCACGCACAACGCCCUCAGCCACACCCCUUCCCACUACAGCGGUCAACCUGCUACGGCUGUACCUGCGCACCUCGCUCCUCACGGCCAACCGACAACGUACCAGUCCGCAACUGCGAACAACGUCCUCACAGACGAUGCGUCGAUUCUGACCCUGGCGAGUUCCUCCAAACGCCGCCGCCGCAACUCGGUCGACACCAAUGCCAGCAUGAAAGCGCUCGCGCCAGCUAGCAUGUUUGGCGGAUCACGCGAGAGUCUGCCCUUGUCCGUGCUGUCGGGUACGGUGAUCCACCCGGGCGCAGACAACCUGUCUUUGCGUGAAGGCGCCGGCGCUGCGUACCCGCGAUCGGCCUUGAAUGCCGAGAGGGCGAGCUUGAUCAGUGCCAGCGGUGUUACGGUGCCGGUGCUCGCGAGUGAAAGGACCAGUUACAUUGGUAGCAAAUAUGGCGAUGCUGCCAGCGUCAGGAGUGGGCUACUCGGAGUUGGAGGUGGAGGCCAUGGGCGAAAUGAUAGUCUUAGUGGGAGUAUCGGGCAGGGCGGGCAGGGAAAAGAUAAGGAGAAAGAAAAGGACCGAGAGAGCGGCAUGGUCACGGCGCCCACGAGUCCUUUGAUCGAUGGACCAGGAACGGGAAGCCAGUAUAUUACCAGCACCACCACGAAUACUGUCCUUGGUGAAGUAGGCGAGAAAUUGGAUGAAGAGGAUCGCUGA